GUGACCUUUCCGCUUCCGGUGAAGUUAGAUCGUUGUUGUUUUUGCACACCGGCGGGCUGUCAAUGGUCAGACCGAACACUUUCAGGUUCCCCUAAAACCUUAUCCUCUUGGCACACUAUGUCGUGUGAAGACCUGCUUUCUGUGGAUUAUGAAGUGUUUGGUAGAGUGCAAGGUGUAUUUUUUCGAAAGUUCACUCAGGCAGAAGCGAAGAAGCUGGGCUUGGUUGGCUGGGUCAGGAACACGGAGGCAGGGACUGUUGAGGGACAGCUGCAAGGCCCCGGUAGCAAGGUGGCCGAGAUGCAAAGCUGGCUGCGCACCACUGGCAGUCCACAAUCGAAGAUCAUCACAGCAGAGUUCAAGAACGAGAAGAUUAUAAAAUGUCUAGAGCAUUCAACUUUUAAAGUAGUGCGCUCGUAGGGCCGUAGAUAUGUGAUUUAUUUAUUUGUAUAUUUAAAUGAAUGGAUUGCAUCAAAUGCGCACAUCCAACAUGUUUAUUUAUUGAGUUAUAAAGAGAUAAUGUAAUUAACGGCUCUUCAUUUGAUAACAAUGCUUCCCCUAAUUGUAUUCCCUUUUGAAUAAUGUGUGCAUUACCAGAACAUGAUAUUUUCCCUUGAAUACCUGUUCAUCUUUCCCCCCUUAAAAUGCACAUCUCUCUUCAACAAGAAUUAUUAGACUUCUUAAAGUACCCCAAUCAUUCAAUUAAAAAUUGGCAACAACA